CUAAUCUCCAGACAGAGGGCGGCGCGUGGAAUGCCCGGGCGUUGCGCAGCAUUCAAGCACCUAGCCUAGCUAGAAGGGCGGGCGAGCUGGGCCAGAAGGGAGCCAGGGCGAAUUAGGGCGGAGAGCAGCCGAGGCGGCAUUCCUCCGGGUAUCCUAGAGAGCCCCCAGAAGGUAGACUUCCGCUGUCCUAGAGAGGCCACGGUGAGGUGGACACAGCGGGCUGCACGGCCAUCCGGGGAGUAACGCGAAGGUUCCGGCAUUGGGCGGAAUGUUGGUUAUUUCAGCCUCUUACCAGUAACUUCUAAUGACCUAGCAAAUGACAUUGUGCACUGCAGUGCUGAGAAGAUACUCCCGAGGAUACAGCAGUGAUUCAUUGAAAGCAGAAGACUUGUUUUGUCUUUAUCUGGGUGACCCUGGACAAGAGUGAUGCCUCCAGGCAGGUGCUAUGCGGCCCACUCAGCUCAGGCUUCAAGGGAACAAGAGCACCUUCGUAAGGUAAAAAAGGAAGAGGAGGAGGAUGACUAUGCUUCUGUGCAGACUGCCAGGCCACAGACGCUUAACCGCCCUGGACAGGAGCUGUUCCGUCAGCUCUUCAGGCAGCUUCGCUACCAUGAGUCUUCUGGGCCCCUAGAAACUCUGAGCCGGCUCCAGGAGCUCUGCCGCUGGUGGAUCAGGCCUGAUGUUCUUUCCAAAGCACAGAUGCUGGAGCUGCUGGUGCUGGAGCAGUUCCUGAGCAUCCUGCCUGGAGAGCUGCGGACGUGGGUGCAGCUCCAUUGCCCAGAGAGUGGUGCAGAGGUUGUUGCCCUGCUGGAAGAGCUACAGAGGGAUCACCAUGGAGCACCACUGAGGGACCCAUGCCUUGCUCAGAACCCAGGUGUGCACUGGAUAGGCACUGGAGCUCUGCAGUCUGCACAGAUAUGGUCCCCUACGUCACGGCUCAGGAACAGUUCUGCUCUAGAGGACCAUUUGGAGCCUCCACAUGGACUAGGAGUUUGUAAAUUCCUGGCUGGGCAAGAUGAUGCUGCUGCUGUCUUGGAGCCUGCCCAUCCCCCGACAGAAGAAGACAUCGGAUGCCAGGAAGCUUUGACAUUCCAGGACGUGGGGGUGACCUUCUCUCAGGAAGAGUGGGGAUGCUUGGACUCUGCUCAGCGCAAUCUUUACCGGGAUGUUAUGCUGGAGAACUACGGGAAUGUAGUUUCUGUUGUGGAGUCAUCUCCCAAACCUGCUCUCAUAUCCUGGCUGGAAGCAAGGAAGCCAUGGGUCGUGGAUGUCUGCACAGUUCAGCCAAAGAGGGAUCCAGGUACUGUCCCUGAAGGAGGUAAGUCCCAGAUUAAGUCAAGCAAAUUCAUCUUGAAACAGGAGCCUUCAGAAUACACAGAAACUUUUACUGUGCCAUCAGUAUGUCCUGAGACAAGUGUUUCUGAUGGAACAGGACUCAAAGAAUAUUUUGAAGAGAACAAGCUACAGAGGCCCUGUGGAAGCCCCAUACAAGUAAAAGAGAUGAAGGAAGGAACUGACAUGGGUAACGAGACAGGAGGAGAAUCUGAAGUAUUGGGAAGCAGUAAUAUUCUUGAUGUAAAACAUGUUAAGUAUGUGAGUGUUUCUAAGAAAAAACUUUCCUUUAAACAUGGCCAUGACAGACACUUCAGAAAACGGUCACACCGUUAUAACAAGAAAUAUAGGCUCAGGAACACAGAUAAGGGAUUUGGUGCAUAUCAGAGUAUUCGUAUUGGACUAAAAGACAGUGAACAGGACACAGGCGGGAAGGACUUCCUCCUCAGCUCUCAGAGUGUUCAUACGGUGAGGGCAAAGGCUUACAGGUGCCAUCACUGUGGGAAGGCCUUCGGUAAGCGCUCCCAUCUUGAAGACCAUCAGAGAUGCCAUUAUGAAGAGAGACUGUUUAAAUGCAGGGUGUGUGAGAAAGCUUUCAAGUGGCGUUCAAACUGUGUGCGGCAUGAGAAAAUUCACACUGGAGUGAAACCUUAUAAGUGCAGUUUUUGUGAGAAAGCUUUCCAGCGUCUGUCAACCCUCCGUGUGCACCAGGAAACCCAUACUAAAUCUGAUGAGUGCAAAGAAGCUCUUACCUCCAACCUGGAUCUCAGUCAUUGUUUGACAGACAGCGGUGAGGAGAAACACUUGGACUGCAGCCAGUGUGGGAAAUCCUUCUGUUGUAAGUCCUAUGUUCUUGAACACCAAAGGAUUCACACACAGGAAAAACCUUAUAAAUGUACCAGAUGUAGGAAAUCCUUCAGGUGGAAGUCAAAUUUUUCUCGUCAUAAGAGAUUGCACCAGAAGAAAGAGAAAUGUCGAGAAGACUUGAAGCAGGUUAUCUCUGCUGUGGAGAAACCUUUCCUGUGUCAUCAGUGUGGGAAAACUUUUACUCAAAAGAAAUCACUCAUUGAGCACCAGAGGACUCACACAGGGGAGAAACCAUACCAAUGUAAUGAGUGUGGGAAAACAUUUACCUAUAGGUCAGGUUAUAUUAUUCAUAUGAGGCUUCAUACUAUUAAAAGAGAGCCUGAAAGUGGCCAACCUCUCAGUCAGGGUGCGGUGUUUCACAUUCCUCAGAGCGAGCACAACACAGAAGAGCCUCACAAGUGUAAAUUCUGUAGCAAAACAUUCCGAAUUCGCUCAUUCCUUCUUGUUCACCAGAGAGUUCACACGAGGGAGAAGCCCUAUAAAUGCAGGGAGUGUGACAAAGCCUUCCGAUGGAGUUCCAAUCUCUCCCGACAUGAGAGGCUGCACUCUUAUUACCAGCAGUACCAGCAGUAUGAUUAUCAUGAAAGUCAAGACACUUCAAAUUUAGAGUCAAGAAUCCUCACUGGUAAGAAGCGCUUUUGGUGUCAAGAAUGUGGGAAAACCUUUACACGUAAAAGAAGCCUUAUGGAUCACAAGGGAAUACACAGUGGAGAGAAACGUUUUAAGUGCAACCUGUGUGAAAAAUCGUUUGAUAGAAACUAUCGUCUUGUUAAUCAUCAGAGGAUCCAUGCUACAGAGAGACCUUUUCAAUCCCAGAGGCGUGGUAAAGAUUUUGUUGGGAUACAUGUCCGUUCUGUUGAGCAGAGAAGACACAGCAGAGCACUACAGUCUGAUAAUGCUGGCUUGUCCUCCUGUCGGGAUGCAAGGUUAAAUAUUCAGGAUUUAAGACUGAGUGGAAAGAAGCCCCACAAAGAGUACGAGAGCUGCAGGUUCACUGCACCCCAGAGUGGACCCACAGGCUGCCACAAGUGUAGUGUUUGUGGGAAAACCUUUAGCAAACAUUCCCGUCUCACUAGCCACAGGAGAUUUCACACCAGAGAGAGGCCCUUCAAAUGUGAGGCGUGUGGGAAGACCUUCAGGUGGUCUUCCAAUUUGACUCGGCACAUGAAAAACCAUGUUAGAGAUUAGCCUGGGGUCUGAUGACAGUGGCGGUGGGGAAUAGUUCCUGGUUACAUUUCUAGAGAGCUUGUUAGGCACUGGGAAAACCUCUACGAGGACUUGGUCGUUUCUGUUUGGGGGGUUCUUGGUGUGAGGUCUUUAAAAGCUUUUAAAAGGAUUGAAGAGGUCAGGGACUCCUCAGUCUACCUGCUGGAAAGUGGUACUGGACAGUAAUGCCCAUGCAGCCCAGGUCUCCUUGUAUAACUCUUGCUGUCUGUGAUUAGAAAGUGUGUGUGCGCGUGUGUCUGCUGGGAAGGGGCCAUCUAGACCCCCAGGUCCUCUUUAGGUUUGACUUGUGUCAGUGCCGUUCCCUCGGACGUCCCCUGGGCGCUCACAGCUAGCUGGUGGUUAUUGGCUAGAUGGUCCUAAAGCAAAGGACAGGUGCUGGGUUCCAUUGUUUAAUCUCAACAAGCAUAUCGAUCCAUCAUCUGUGCUGAGAUAUAAGUGGCCAGAACAGACAAAAACCCUGCUGUUUGUUGGAUUCUUCCUUAAAUGAAUUAGAUCAUAGCCUGGAUGGUGAUGUGUGUUGAGGACAAAGUAGACCAGAGAAGAGUGGCAGGAAUCUGGCUAGGAUGUGAGCGGUGAUUUUAAAUGGGCUGUCCGGAGAGUACCUGCUGGAAGAAUAAAAACUAACCGGGGCCGGGUGCAUAGAGAAACCUUACCUCAGAAAACCUAAACAAAAACCCUAAUUGGCUAAAAAGCUGGAGGGGGUUGGGUUGUAGAGUGAGUUAUGUUACUCUAUGGAGAAAGAACUCAGGGUAGAGGACAAGGAUCUUGUCUGGCGACUGAUUUUAGGGGUGGUUAGUGUGGGGACCCCUGGG